AUGUUCGUGCUGACGCGCAUCUCGGACGUGAUCCCCGUGGCGCCGGAGCUGUUCGACGCCGACUACACGCAGGUGCUGAUCGAGGAGAUCGACCGCAAGUACGCCAACAAGGUCAUCGCGGACGUGGGGCUCUGCAUCACGCUCUACGACUUCGUGAGCAUCGGCGACGCGUUCGUGCACCCGUCGGACGGCACGUCGCACUCGCAGGUCGAGUUCCGCCUCGUCGUGUUCCGCCCGUUCGUGGGGGAGGUGCUCAAGGGCCGCAUCGUGAGCUGCACGGAGGAGCACAUCCGCGUGUCCAUGGACUUUGUGCAGGACAUCAUCAUCCCGUCCUACGCGCUGCAGACCCCGUCCUACUUUGACACGGCGGAGAGACUGUGGGUGUGGAAGUACUCGGAGGGACAGGAGAAGUUCUACAUGGACCUGCACGAGGAGAUCCGCUUCCGCGUGACCAACAUCAACUUCACGCGGGUGACCAAGACGGCCAAGGGUAUUCAAGCCACGACGACCGAGGCCACGGACAAGGCGGAGAAGGAGGUCAGCGCGGGCGACAUGCGGCAGUCGCUGGCUCGCCGGCGGUCGUCGAGCGUGGAUCUGUCGGACAACGACCCCACGCCGUCUGCCAUUCACAUCCUGGGAACGAUCGACGAGGACGGCCUGGGCUUGUCGUCGUGGUGGACGAGUUAAUUUACCAUAUUGCGGUUAGACGAAUGCCCUUAACAAGAAACGCAGUUAGCCCUCUCCA